AAUUUCACCUUGGUUCGCCUUGUCGACAACGUGUGAACGGACGGACGUACGGACAGAUGGUGGAUCGGUCGGUCGGUUGGUCGAUUAAACAGUUUGUUAGACUGACGAACAUACACGCAUAUAUACUUAUGUUAUAUAUUUACAUAUACAUGUAUAGCAGAGCGUUGUAUGUAUAGCGCAAUGCAAUGAAGUUACUAAGUAAAAAACCGUGAGACGAGGCUCGUCGCGACGACGCGCAACCAAUUGCAAACCAAAGCAAAAGCACUGGUAUCUGAGUAUCUUCUCUGCACUCGUAUCUGUCAGUAUUGGUUGCGCAGAGCGCACAUCGUGACGUGUGUACUCGUUUGAUAGACGGUUGAAAAAAUUGCAAGAUGGAAACAAAAAAAAACGACAAAAACUAAGGAAAAGCAAAUAAAUAAAUAGUCAAGUGAUAAAUAGCAGAGAAAAGAAGUGAGACCAAUGUGUGAUAAAACAGGUAAUGUGUAGAACACACACAAAACAAAAACGUAAUUACUUGUACAAGUGCAAAGUAAACUAAACAGAUAGUGAAUGUUGGGUAAAAAAAAAAAAGAGAAACAAGGGACGGUAAAAGAGUGAAGCGAGAGAGAGAGAGAGCGAGGGAGCGGAUAUGUUAGUGUCAUUAACAGGGUACCGCAAUCAUUUAACUAUUACACACACAUAUAUAUACACAAAAAGAAAAAGUGUAACAACACUGACAAUAGUAGAGGCCAAUGAGCAACGCGAAAUAUUCCGGCAACUUCGAGUGAUAGCAGCAGGCAAAGUGACGACAAUAAGAGUAGCAACGACGAAACGCAUAUACCGCAGCGACUGUUACUUGCUCUGCUGUGCAAUCUUAUAUAGGCCCAAAACGCAGUGGAAGCGAAUACCGAAUUCACCUUAGUGAAUUUUCGCUGUAAAAUCUAGAACACCCACAAGGGUAUAUGACAUUGAACACAACAACCAACAACUGUGUAAGGUCCGUCUGCAUUUUGCUGAUUCGCCACACAGGCGAAUUAAUUCAAGGUGGUGGCGCUAGAGCAGCUGGUUUUGCGAUUUUUCGGUUUUGAAUGUCAAAGUGCUUCAUGUUUUUCAUUUGCUUUGUUUGUGCGUUUACUUUCUCAUGGAAAUUUUGACAUUCACAACACCAAAUUGCAAAAACAAAAUGCAUCUAAAUGCUGUUGUUGUCGCUAAAGGUGAUGACCUUAACAGAUUCGCCUUGGCAGCCACUGAGCAACUUGCGGCUUAUCAAGUUUUUAAAUUUUUUGCUCAACAUAUUUAAUAAAAAUACAUUACGUUUUAUUAAUACCCUUAAAUUUUGUUAUAUGGAUAAUGUGACAACGUGCCUUAAACCGAAAUCAACAAAAACUAUGCAUUCUUCCAUUUUGAAUAUCCCAUUUCUUGCUACUUUCUUUUCUGUGUAAAAUAAUAGUCUCAGUUGCUAUUGCAGCUGCUCAAAUUAAGCUUCAAUAAACGACAAUGUUGGGCGAAAUUUACCAUUUGCCGUUCGCUGUUCGCCGGUAUUGUGUUUACGCUAUUAAUCAUAUCUACAUCCAUACAGAUGUUAGUUGGCAGCAUCUUGUCGUCGCCUUAUACUCAUUUUUAUUUUAUUCUUUGUGCUCCAUUGAAGAAUAGCCGAGAAUACAUCGAAGAAUACGAACGGAAUAGAACACAAAAAAUUGCGAGUGUAGUGCGCUAUGAAUGAGCAAUGAAAAUUAAGCAAAUCAAGAAAUACCAUGCCAGAGACAAUUAUAUCUAUCGGCUGUCUGCUCUGGUCAGUCAUCUUCGUAUACCCCAACUAAUCAACAGCACCGUCAACGUUGUACGCAGUUGGGAGCUUACCUCGUGCGUUCAUUAAUUUAUAAAAACAAAAUACAUAUAUUCAACGUGUACGUGCUGUCAAAUUUUAUCUAAUUCUCUACACCACUUAAACAUGACUUAAACUGCAAUAAAAAAUAAAACCUACAGAGGCAUACAAAAGUUAAAAAAAAAAAAAACAAAACGAAAAUAUAAAAACGAAGAUUAAUCGAGUGGUGUCUGUUGAACUCUCGCAUGCCGAGUGAUUGUGCACUCGUUUGUUUACAAUACAAACAAACAGCGGGUUGGGAUUUGUGUUGUUAUUCAUAUUGGUUCGUGAAGUGCGAGACUCGGCUACGACUACGACGACGGCUACACGGAUACGGUCAACUAAACGAGCAGCUGUUUCGUGCCGGUCGUUCGUUUGUUGUGUUUAUACCGAUCAGCUGAUUUCUCUUUGCCUCGCGGCCAAUCGCUUAUACCAGUAGCAGCCAGUGUCUAUCGUGUUUUGUUGUGUUUUUUGUUGCAACGUGCAUGACUUCUAAUUGUGCGCAUAUGUUGCCCGCUGCUUCGGGCUUUGGCAGUGUCGGCGCUGGUCUUGUCGUCGGUAGUGGUGGUGGUGGUGGCGGCGGCGGCGGCGGUGGCAGCAGUAGUAGCAGCGGUGCUGGUACAUUUACAUUAUUAACAACUACAACAACCGCCGCAGUGCAGCCAAUGUUUACCGAAAUGGUUGUAGUUGCGGCAGCGACAGCAGCAGAGCAGCAGCUGCAGCGCCAGCGUUCCAACUCGAAUUUGAUAACGAGUAUAAAGUCAACAACUGCGACGCCACGCGGAAAGCGACGCUGUAUGAGCGCGAGUACGCCGACUCAACAAAUAAUUGGACAAGCAGCAACAGUAGCGGCAGCUAAACGGAAUCGCAAACUGUUAACAACAGCGGCAGGAAAAAUAACAGUAGAGAGAAUGUCAGCUGGCGCUCAAUUGCAGAUGGCACCGCAGACCACUUCGUCGAUAAGCCAUCAUCAUCAGACCCAGCAGCAGCAUCAUUUUGGCACAGCACAUCAUAAUCCACAACAACAACAGCAGCAGCAACAGCAACAACAACAAAUUUUAACACAACAGCAACAAAUAACGCAAACACAUCAGUUACAACAGUUGCAACAACAGCACAUUACGCAUCAUACGACGCAGCAGCAGCAACAGCAGCAGUCGCAGCCGCAACAGCAACCGCAAACACUACACACAUUAGCCAAUCAUCAUCAUCACCAACAGCAGCAGCAGCAAACACAGCUUCCGCAUCCACAUUCGCACACACAGCAGCUGUCCCAUCAACAACAGUUGCUGCAACAGACGAAUAGUGGGCUCGCAGCUCCGUUGCAGCAGCAGCAGCAACCAGCUGCCCUGCAGCAGCACACGCAUAGUGGAGGCCAUAGCAGUAAUCCCGAUUCGAAUAUGAGCACAGGAUCAUCCCAUAGCGAAAAAGAUGUUGCCGACAUGUUAGGUGCAGCAGGCAUUCCCAGUCAGAUAGGUUUACUGCCUAAUAACGGAGCCCCGGGGGCUAUGAUGAGCAGCAGCGGUUUGGGUCAGGACGUAGGAAGUAUGAUGGGCGGUGGCGCAGGUGUUAGUAGCACACAACAACAGCAACAAGUGCAGCAUAAUAAUAUGGUUGGACGACUUGAAAAGCCACCACGUAACACAACUGAACGCAAGCGUAAGCGGAAAAUUCCACACACCGAAGAUAGUGGUGGUGGCGGUGGUGGCGCAGGAAGUGGCGGAAACGGAGGUAAUAACGCUGGAAAUGCGACUAUUGUCGGCACCGGCAAGGCGUCCAAAACUUCUAGCUUGAUCGGCAGUGCACAGACACUAAACAAAGCAAAUUUAUCAUUGAAUAUAGGUACACCAGCGGAUCGGUGCAACUUGCCGGGCGGCAAGAAUGCAAGGCUACUCCAACAUAGUAGCAUGGAUAACAAAAAGAUCAAUGAGUACUUCAAUAAGCCCCUUAUAACAAGCAGCGGUGCUACAAAUAGCCCUAUGCGUCCGCACACUGGCGGCUCGAAGAGUCCAUCGGCUGCCGGUGGCGUGCAACAGCAACAAACGGCGCAGCAACAAGUGCAAAGUGCAGGCGGUAAUGCUGGUGGUGGCGGUAGUACGGGCGCUUAUGCCAUGUAUCCACCUAGUCCUCAACAGCUGAAUGCAGGAGGCGUACAAACACCCACAUCGCAAGCGCCUGAAUUCCAUCAUUACAGCGCUGUGCCGGUAAACAAUGCUGCCAAGCAGCAGCGUCAACCUCCACCACAAACUUCCAACGCAAUGGUUCCUCCCCAGUCGUCCAUAGUCGGCGUGUUGGCAGGCAACAUGGGUAGCUUAGGUGGGGGUGUAGUUGGCGGACCACCCCCACCGCCAAUGGGCCCCACACAACAGCAACAUAUUCCUGCAACAUCGGUAGCCACUUCGGCGCAACAAACGCUAACCAGUGGCGUAACCUCGCAACAGCUGGCCGCAGUGCAGCUGAAUUCAUUGCAGCAUGGCGGAAUGAUGCCAGGCGCAUUGGGCGGUAUGCAGCCGCCACUGCCACCGGUACCGGCUAGCACCAUAGCGAAGGCAACCCAAACGGAUCUCUCGUUCCAAGAAAUCAAGGAACGCGACACGGAGAUCGAAUCGAGCAAGUCGAAGCUCGACGAGAUGACAAGACUGUCCGAUGAGCAGAAAUGCCAGAUAAUCGCUCAUCAGAAGCUGAUCGACCAGCAUAAGUCGCAGAUCGCCAAGUGCAUUGAAGUAGUGAAGAAACUGCUGAAAGAGAAGAGCAGCAUCGAAAAGAAAGAAGCGCGGCAGAAGUGCAUGCAAAAUCGACUGCGUCUUGGGCAGUUUGUGACGCAGCGCGUAGGCGCCACAUUCCAGGAAAAUUGGACAGACGGCUAUGCUUUCCACGAGCUUAGCCGGCGUCAAGAUGAGAUAUCGGCCGAGCGUGAAGAGAUCGAUCGCCAGAAGAAGCAGCUGAUGAAAAAGCGACCCGCGGAAUCGGGACGCAAACGCAACACCAACAGCAACAAUAGCCAACAGCAGCAAAACUCGAAUUCAAAUGAUUCGACCAAUGUGGCUGGUUGUGAUCGGCUGACUGGCGGCGGCGACAGUGGCAUCGGUUCGACUGGUGGCGGUGGCGGCGGUAGCGGCCGUGGUCUGUCACGAUCCAAUUCCACACAGGCCGGUCAAACGCAAUUGUUGCACAAUGGAGGUGGCAGCGGUGUUGGCGGUAGCAGUGGUGUUGGUGAUCGCCUCUCCGAUAGAGGCGGCGGCGGCAGCAGUGGCACAGGCCGCGGCGAUAACAGCGGCGGCGGUGAUGCAACGUUCCUUAAACCCGACCCCGUGUCGGGGGCAUACACAGCGCAAGAGUACUACGAGUAUGAUGAGAUAUUAAAAUUGCGGCAGAACGCACUCAAGAAAGAGGACGCCGAUUUGUCACUAGAGAUGGAGAAGUUGGAGCGUGAGCGCAAUCUACACAUACGCGAGUUGAAGCGGAUAUUAAAUGAGGAUCAGUCCCGCUUCAACAAUCAUCCAGUGCUAAAUAAUCGUUACUUGCUGCUCAUGCUGCUGGGCAAAGGCGGCUUCUCCGAAGUGCACAAGGCAUUUGAUCUAAAAGAGCAACGAUAUGUAGCGUGUAAGGUGCACCAACUGAAUAAGGAUUGGAAGGAGGACAAAAAAGCCAACUAUAUCAAGCACGCUUUGCGAGAAUAUAACAUACAUAAGGCAUUGGAUCAUCCACGUGUGGUCAAGCUUUACGAUGUGUUCGAGAUAGACGCCAAUUCCUUUUGCACAGUGCUCGAAUAUUGUGAUGGUCAUGACUUAGAUUUCUAUCUAAAACAGCAUAAAACAAUACCAGAGCGUGAAGCACGCUCAAUUAUUAUGCAGGUUGUUUCAGCAUUGAAAUAUUUGAAUGAGAUUAAACCACCAGUAAUACACUAUGACCUGAAACCAGGCAACAUACUUUUGACUGAGGGCAAUGUAUGCGGUGAGAUUAAAAUCACCGAUUUUGGUCUCUCAAAAGUGAUGGAUGAUGAGAACUAUAAUCCAGAUCAUGGCAUGGACUUAACAUCACAAGGCGCGGGAACCUAUUGGUAUCUACCGCCCGAAUGUUUUGUUGUUGGAAAGAAUCCGCCGAAAAUUUCAUCGAAAGUCGACGUUUGGAGUGUUGGUGUUAUUUUCUACCAAUGCCUCUAUGGUAAGAAACCAUUCGGCCACAACCAAUCACAGGCCACCAUCCUUGAAGAGAACACAAUUCUCAAAGCCACAGAGGUACAAUUCCCCAACAAACCAACUGUCUCCAAUGAAGCAAAGAGUUUCAUACGUGGUUGCUUGGCUUAUCGCAAGGAGGAUCGCAUGGAUGUGUUUGCUUUGGCGCGACAUGAGUACAUACAACCGCCUAUACCUAAGCAUGGGCGUGGUCAGUCGCAGCUGACGCAACAGCAGCAGCAGCAGCAACAACAGCAGCAGCAACAACAACAGCAACAGCAACAACAGUCGACUACAUCGCAGGCGAAUUCCGCUGGUCAGACGUCCUUUUCGGCGGGUAUGUUUGGUAAUCUGAAUCAAUCGAGCUCGUCCUAG